AUGACUUCAGCGGUGAAUAGCACCGCAACAAUCGAUGAUGAUGAUAUAACAUCUAAUUCAUAUAAACGACGUCGUUCAUCGAUAAUAUCUUCAAAUGAAAUAUCAAAUGAACAAUCACCAUUAAAACGUGUUCGUUCAUCAUCUCCAACAAAUCUUCAAACAAUGUUUUCAUGUUUAAAUGAUAUUGUUCAAUCACAUCGUAAUCUUGUACGUGAAUAUAUUGAUUUACAAAUGCGUGAUCGUACUGAUUUAUCAAUUGAUGAACAACGUUUUAUUAAAGCUGAAGAAGAUCUUAUUGAAAAAGUUGAAAAAAAUUUACAAGAUAUAAAUACAUCAUUAACAUUAAAACAAUUACCAAAUAAAUUAUCUGUUGAUCGUGUUAAACAUGAAAGUAAUAUAUUAAAACGUAUUGAUGAAUUAAAAAGUAAUGGUAAAUGGUCAAAUCAACGUUUAGUAAAAUAUCUUGAACCAAAAAAACGUAAAACACAUUGGGAUUAUUUACUUGAUGAAAUGCGUUGGUUAGCUGAAGAUUUUGCACAUGAAAAACGUUGGAAACAAAUGAUGGCUAAAAAACUUUCAUUAGCUAUAUUAAAAUAUUUUCGUGAAAAAAAUCAAGCUGAAAAUCAACAACAACGUGAUGAAAUAAAACGUUUACGUAAACAAGCUUUAUUUGUAUGUAAAGAAGUAAUGAAUUUUUGGAAAAAUAUGCAUAAAAUAGCUGAAUAUAAAGAAACAACACGAAUACAAGAAUUACGUAAACAUCAAUUAGAUUUACAUUUAAAUUUUAUUGUUGAUCAAACAGAAAAAUAUUCAGAUUGGCUUGUUAAAUCAUUAAAAACAGAAACAAAUGAUGAUGAUGAAGAUUUUAAUGUUACUGACGAUAUGCAUGAUGAUGAUAAUGAAGAAACAAUUGAACGUGAAGAACAAGAUGAACAAGAUGAUAAUGCUGUUAAUGAAAUAAAAGAAUUAGAAGCUGAUCAAGAAGAAUCUAUUGAUGCAUUAUUAAAACGUUAUUAUGGUAUUGAUAUAUCAAAUUCAUCAAGUGAAAAAGAAAAUAAUAUACCUAUUGAAAUAAAACAAAAUGAUAAUGAAAAAAAUGAUUCAUCAGAACAAGAAGAUGAUGAUGAUGAUGAUGAUGAUAAUGAAGAAGAAGAAGAAACAACAAAUGAAUUAACAAAAAAUAAAGAAAUGAAUGAUUUAGCAACAACAGCACAAGCACUUCAACCAACAGGUUUUACACUUAAUACAACACAAGUUAAAACACCGGUGCCAUUUUUACUUAAACAUUCACUAAGAGAAUAUCAACAUGUUGGUUUAGAUUGGCUUGUGACAUUAUAUGAAAAUAAACUUAAUUGUAUAUUAGCUGAUGAAAUGGGUUUAGGUAAAACAAUCCAAACAAUUGCCCUACUUGCUCAUCUAGCAUGUGAAAAAGGUGUUUGGGGUCCACAUUUAAUUGUUGUACCAACAAGUGUUAUGCUUAAUUGGGAAUUAGAAUUUAAAAAAUGGUGUCCAUCAUUUAAAAUUUUAACUUAUUAUGGUUCUGUAAAAGAACGUCAAUUAAAACGUCAAGGUUGGACAAAAGUAAAUGCAUUUCAUGUUUGUAUAACAUCAUAUAAACUUGUUUUACAAGAUGCUAAAGCAUUUCGUCGUAAAAAAUGGAAAUAUUUAAUCUUAGAUGAAGCACAAAAUAUAAAAAAUUUUAAAUCUCAACGUUGGCAAACAUUAUUAAAUUUUCAUUCACAACGUCGUUUAUUAUUAACAGGUACACCAUUACAAAAUUCUCUAAUGGAAUUAUGGUCAUUAAUGCAUUUUUUAAUGCCAAAUUUAUUUUCAUCACAUCAAGAAUUUCGUGAAUGGUUUUCAAAUCCAUUAACAGAAAUGAUUGAACAAGGACAAAUGAAUUCAAAUGAUUUAUUAAUUAAACGUUUACAUAAAGUUUUACGUCCAUUUAUAUUACGUCGUUUAAAAAUUGAUGUUGAAAAACAAAUGCCAAAAAAACAUGAACAUAUUAUUAUGUGUAAUUUAUCGAAACGACAACGACAAUUAUAUGAUGAUUUUAUACAAUGUAGAUCAACACGUGAUGUUAUACAACAAGGUCAUUAUAUGUCUGUUAUUAAUAUACUUAUGCAAUUAAGAAAAGUUUGUAAUCAUCCAGAUUUAUUUGAAUCAAGACCUAUUAUAUCACCACUUACAAUACAAAAAAAAUUAAUUAAUUAUGAAAUACCAAAAUUAAUUGAAAAUAUAGAUUUAAAAAAUCCAUAUUUAAAUUUUAAUUUACCACCAAAUGAUACAUUUCUUUGUUUUCGUAUUAAAUUUACUUUACAAGCAACACGAGAUAUGAUAUUGGAUUCAAUUAAUCAUAUUGAUGAUAAUAAUCGACAAGUUAUUCAAUUAACUUCAGAUAUUAUUGAACGAUAUAGAAAUAGUUCAUUAUGGUAUCAAGCAAAUACACAAAUUAGAAUUACGCGUAAUCGUCAAUUAAUUAAAAUGAUUACACCAGCAGAUUUUGUUGAUGAUGAAUUUCAACCAGAAAAUAUUUAUUUUGAAAUUUGUAAACAACGUCAACGUGAACGUUUAUCUCGUUAUGAACUUCUUUGUCGUUUAAAUACAGAUCGUUGUCAAUCUCGACCAUUAUAUGGUUCAGAUGUUUUAACACAAGUUGAAUUAGCUAUGCGACCAUGUAAUAAUCAAAGACGAACAACAUUUAGUGGAUAUGCAUCAUGUCAUGAUAUACAUAGACGAUUAAAUACAAUAAAAGAUUAUUUUUCAACAACAAAUACACUUCGAAAAUUAAUUAAAUCAAAUAAAGAUAUUUUAAAUAAUUUUCAAGAUAUACUAGAUAGAUUUAUUAUGUGUACAACAAAAGUAAUAGCAUCAUCUAUUGAAUUAUGUCAAUUUAAUGGUAUUAAUCGACGAGAUAAAACUCUUCAACAAAAACCAUUAAUUGAAGUAUUAUCAUCAACUGAUUUUGAAGUACUUUCAUCAAUAAAUCAAAUAAAACAAAAUAUGUUUUUACAAUUUCCUGAACGACGUUUAAUUCAAUAUGAUUGUGGUAAAUUACAAACACUUGAUAUACUUUUAUCACAAUUAAAACGUGAAAAACAUCGAUGUUUAAUAUUUACACAAAUGACUAAAAUGCUUGAUAUACUUGAAUUAUUUUUAAAUUAUCAUGGUUAUACAUAUGUUCGAUUAGAUGGUACCACACAAAUUGUACAAAGACAAAUGUUAAUGGAACGUUUUAAUAGUGAUGAAAAAAUAUUUGUUUUUAUUUUAUCAACACGUGCUGGUGGUAUUGGUGUUAAUUUAACUGGAGCUGAUACAGUUAUUUUUUAUGAUUCGGAUUGGAAUCCAACAAUGGAUGCACAAGCACAAGAUCGAUGUCAUAGAAUUGGACAAACCAAAGAUGUACAUAUUUAUCGACUUAUAAGUAGAAAUACAGUAGAAGAGAAUAUAUUAAAAAAAGCUAAUCAAAAACGUUUACUCGGUGAUUUAACAAUUGAUGGUGGUAGUUUUGAUGUAAAUUAUUUUAAAAAGAAUAAUAUACGUGAUUUAUUUGAUCAAUCAUCAACGUUAGAAGAUAUUGUUCGUGAACGUAAUGAUUAUCAACAACAAUUAGAUAGUAGUCGAGCGAUAACAACAACAACAACAACAACAAAUAAUGCUAGUCUUGAUAAUAAUCUAACAUUAACACAAUAUGAAGAAGCACUUGCAGCAGUUGAAGAUGAAACUGAUCGACGUGCAGCUGAUGAAUUAAAUAAAGAAGUUAAAAAUGAAUUAAAUGAAUUUAAUGAAGAUGAAACAAAUGAUUUAAAUGAAGAUCAAUUAAUUGAAAAACAAAAACGACAAAUGAAUAAAAUUGAAGAAGAAUUAAAAACACUUGAUGAACAACUUCGACCAAUUGAACGUUAUGCAUUACGUUGUGUUGAAGCUUAUCGUCAAGAAUAUCAAUUAGCUCAAGUUGCUCCAAAUACUUGUCUUGAUGCUGAACAAAUUCGAAAAGAUUGGCAAUUAUCACGUUUAAAAUCAUUGAAAGAAGAAGAAGAACGACAAUUAGAACAAGAAGAUGAUGAAAUGAUGUAUACAUAUGCUUUAGAUAAAGAACGACAAACUAAAUAUAGUUAUACAUAUUCAGCUGCACAAAAUAGUUUAAUAGCAAAUGAAUUAGCACGUCAUGAAAAAAGUUCAGCUGCUAUUGCUGCUAAUCAACCACCACCACCACCAACGGUUAUUCUUCCACCUACACCUCCACCACCUUCACCUCUUCCACCUCCUCCUCGUCCUGUUAUCAUAAAACGUUCAACUCAAAUUCCAACUGAAAAUCUUCGACGACGUCGUAUUCAACCUUCUCCUCUUCCUCCUCCUCCUACUCCUUCAUUACAACCAGCAGUACUACCAUCUCCACCUCCACCAGCCUUAAUUCAAAAACCAUCUCGAAUAAUAAAACAACAACAGACAUCAUCUCAUAUAACUAAUAAUCGACAUAAUAGUAAUGAUGAUUGCGGUGAUUCAACAACACUUCUUGUUGCUGAUGAUUUUGAUGAUGAUGAUUUUGAUAAUAAUAAUCGUAUAUAUUCAUCGAAAUCUAAAACAACAUUAUCAACAAUAACAAGAAAACCUAUUACAAAUUUAUCAUGUUUAACACAAAAUUCAUCAUCAUCAUCAUCAUUAUCAUCAAUAUCAUCAAAUACUACUACAAAUGGACAACAACAAAUAUGGAUUGUUAAUUCAUUAGAUCAACAAUCAGUUCUAUCAUUAAUUAAUUAUAUUAAUCCAAAUUCAACAAAUAAUUCUCGUUCAACAGGAUCAAUACUUUUAAGUAAUAAAUCAAAUAUAAAUCCAUCACCAGUAACAAAUCUUCUCACACAACAACAACCUCGUUCAUCAACAACAGCUGGUACUGUUUAUCAAAUUCGUUCAUCACAACAACAACAACAACAACAACAACCACAGCAGCAGCAACAACAACAACAACAACAACAACACAAUGUUGUCUAUCAAAUACAAAAUGGUCGCAUAUUUCAAUCAACUAAAAAGACAACAUAA